CAAGCGCCGGGAGAAGAAGGGAGAGGAAGAGAGAAACCCCUAAUCCUUGUUGGAGCCGCCACCGUGAAGCUGCAGUAGCAGUGGCGGUAACUGUAAUUGUGCAGGAGAAAGAUGCCUGCUCCGAUACUCGAAAAAGAAGAACAAGAACAAGAACAAGAGCAAGCGCUUCUCUCCUCCCUCAAGGACGAGCAACAGCAGAAACCAGAGGAUGACUCUCCUAUCGUGGAAGAUGUGAAGGACGAGAACGAUGAUGACGACGACGACGACGACGAUGAGGACGAGGGUGAGCAAGGAGCAGGUGCAAAUGAGAGCUCUAAGCAAAGCAGGAGUGAGAAGAAGAGCCGCAAGGCAAUGAUUAAGCUUGGAAUGAAACCUAUCUCUGGUGUUAGCAGAGUCACCAUAAAAAGGGCAAAAAAUAUCGUGUUUGCCAUCUCAAAGCCUGAUGUUUUCAAGAGCCCGAACUCUGAAACUUAUGUGAUAUUUGGUGAGGCGAAGAUGGAGGACUUCAGCUCCCAGCUACAGGCCCAAGCUGCUCAGCAGUUCAGGAUGCCAGACCUUAGCACUGUGAUGGCCAAGCCCGAUACGUCUGCUACAGCCGCAGCGGAUGAAGAAGAGGAGGAUAUCGAUGAAACUGGGGUGGAGGCUCGGGACAUUGAUCUUGUUAUGACCCAGGCAGGUGUGUCUAGAGUGAAGGCCGUCAAGGCUCUUAAAGCUCACGAUGGGGAUAUCGUCAGCGCGAUCAUGGAGCUCACUGCUUGAACUGUUACUGGAAAGAGUACAUUUAAUGUUUCUUCUUUGUCAAACUCUGAAUAAGAAGAUCUAUAAUUUAGUUUUGUAGGUGUUUAUUCGAUGCUUUUGCCUUUUUGUCUAGUAAUUGGUACGACCCUUUUAUUGUUCAGGAAAAGGUACUUUUGUUUUUUUUUUUUACCCUUGUGCUGUUUCUAUUUCAUUGCCGUGAAUUUCUCUUCGUGUUGGUAUGAGUCCUCUUAUAUUGUAAUGGGAAACCAAGAAGGCAUCAGGGAAGGAUUUUGCAGAA